GAAAUCCUGUGGUGCGCCACCUCCAUCUGCCCAAAACAUUGUACAAGCUUCUCAGAGCAAACGGGGGAGGGCAGUGUGUCAAUAUCUCCAUAUCCCACGGCCUGUGCUCACCAAGACACUCUGACCCUAUAAUACACCUCACCACAAACUGCCGUGGGGACAAGGAAGCGGCCAUUUUGUGAACCUUUGACACGGUUACGUCGAAGCGUGCAGGCCGCGUCCCCGCCUCAACUUGCCGUAGAACGGAGCGUCGCGGGAACGGGAGGGCAGACAAAGCAUUAAACUAAUGAAUGGGGGAAACAGGGUGGAUGAACGUCAUAUACUAACAUAACGGACGCAAGACAUUCAAGGUUGUUUAACUUUUGGACCAAAAUGCAACAUUAUUUUUGGCAUUUUAAACCAAUUUUGAUGUCAUAGACGUGCUAUCUCAAAAUGUCAAGUGCACUGGUUAAUCAGAAUUUUCAAUAUGGGUAUCAUAAGAUGUUCAACUUAGAAGUCCAUAUUUUUCUCACAAUUGAUCAAAUUGCGAAAGAAAAUUCCACAGAUGGCAAAGAUUUUGUGAAAAUUAUGUACUGCAAUUUAACAGAUGGCAAAGGACUGCUAUAAUACACGGUUCUUCAUUUGUAAAAAGCUGCGUAGGUGGGAGGAAACAAUUUUUGUACCCUUCACGUGAUGACUACUACAUUAUACUAAAUAAUGGAUAAGGCAUUCUCAAUAAUGGAAAGUAAUGUUGAAAAAACAAGAAAUUUAAAAGAGAAUCAAAACGUUGAACUUAAUGGAGGCACUGAUGGGAUGGAUAUAAAUAUUGAGUCAGAUGGCCUAAAACAAACUGAAAGCAGCGAUGAACAGGAAGACAAGGAACAACACUGUACUGUUACCUCAAACACAUUUUCAUCCACUGAUAAUGAGGAUGAAUAUGGAGUCUUAUUUUCACAAUACACUACAACUCUUUAUGAUGCAGCAAUGGAAGCUGUUACACAGAACAUUCUUACAAAUAAAAAUAUAAGCAAUCGGAAAAAAUCACCAGCUUGGAACCAUUUUUCUAUUUCUCCUCGUGACAGUACCAAAGCAAUAUGCAUGUACUGUAUGAAAGAAUUUAGCAGGGGGAAAAAUGAAAAAGACCUCAGUACAAGCUGUUUAAUGCGACAUGUCAGAAGGGCACAUCCUAGAGUACUUUUAUCAGACAAUGGAAAUAUGCCGGGUAUAUCCUCUUACUCACCUCCCACAAUAUUACUACCUCCGCAGCCUCCAGAAGUGGAAACGCACAUCACUCCUACAAAAACUAAAAAGCUUCCAUCAAAAUUAUCUCCAGAAAAUAUUGUAGCAGAAACUGUGAGUGCACUUUCAUCAGAUGAGAUCUCUUCAGACUUACCAAUAGCAGAAACAAAUAUUAAAGAGGAAGUUACUGUUGUCUCUUCUGAGCCUGUACAAAACAAUCCGUGUGAUGAGACCACAGAAAACGUAACUGAAAAACAUGUUCCAGCUCAAAAAAAUUUAACUGGUUCUAGAAGACGCUCUGCAGUUUGGAAACAUUUUUAUUUGUCCCCACUGGAUAAUUCAAAAGCUGUUUGUAUUCACUGCAUGAAUGAGUUCAGCCGAGGCAAAAAUGGAAAAGACCUUGGAACUAGCUGUUUAAUAAGACACAUGUGGAGAGCUCAUCGUUCAAUUGUCUUGCAAGAAAAUAGUUCAGGAACAAGUCUGCCGCCACCUUAUUCUGUUCCUCCAACACUGUUGCCAUCUCUGCUUCCGGGCGAGAGUGUAGAUAAUAGUUCUUUGGCCGUAUCGCCUGGGAAGACAAAAAAAGAAUCUACUUCGUUACCUUCAUCCCCUGAUAGAAUUUCAGAAGAAAUUCCAAAUGGAGACUUGCAGAUUGAUGAUGGAGCAAGUGUUUUAGGUUCAUUUGAGAAUAACUGUGAGGGAAUACCUGUAUCUUCUCCUGAAAAGCACUGUGAAAGUGGAAGUUCCUUAGCUAUUGAGACAGCUGUAGUUUUCCAACAAAACAAAAAAACUAUGAAAAGGCUGAAAUCUGAAGUUUGGCAUCAUUUUUCAUUGUCUCCCACAGAUAACUUGAAAGCUAUUUGCAAAUAUUGUAACUGUAUGAUUAGUAGAGGUAAAAAAGGUGAUUUGGGAACCAGCUGUUUAAUGAGACAUUUGUACCGAAGGCACGCAGAAAUUAUUAUAAACCAAAAAAACUAUGAUGUUGGCUUGGCAAAUUCCCCUUAUGCUACAUUGGCUUCUGCAGAAUGUUCAUCAAAAAUGAUAGACCUGCCAUCUGUUGCAUCUCAUGAAUGUCCAGUUAUAUACCCUAUAAACAGCAAGAAAACCUCAAAACUUUGGAAUCACUUUUCAAUUUGUUCUGCAGAUUCUACUAAAGUAAUAUGCCUUCAUUGUGGACGCACAAUAAGCAGGGGGAAAAAGCCAACCAAUUUAGGUACUAGUUGUCUUUUAAGGCAUUUGCAACGGUUCCACAACAGUGUGUUGAAGAAUAAUGUUUCAGAAACCCUACAAUCUCCGGAUAUACAUGUACCAGUAAAGACUGAAUUAACUACUUCCUCUUAUGAUGAAAUCAAUGAUACGUUUUCUGACUCUCACCCAGUUGCCAAAAAAAUCACAACUCUUGUAGCUGAAAUGAUUGCCCUCGAUCUUCAGCCAUAUUCUUUUGUAAAUAAUGUUGGGUUUAAUAGACUUAUUGAAUACCUUCAACCUCAAUAUUCAUUACCAUCUCCAUCUUACUUUUCUAGAACCGCAAUUCCAGAUAUGUAUGAAAAUGUGAAACAAAUAAUUGUCUCCCAUAUAAAAGAAGCUGAAAGUGGUGUAAUUCAUUUUACAGCAGGAAUUUGGAUGAGUAGCCAGACGCGGGAAUAUUUAACACUUACUGCUCAUUGGGUAACAUUUGACUCCUCCUUUAAACCACAUGGUGAAGAUUAUCACUGCUCAGCGCUUUUGCAUGUUUCUCAGAUUGAUUGUGAUUAUAAUGGUGUCAGUAUACAAAAACAUCUGGAAUAUCUGUGGGAAUCCUGGAUAACCUCUCUUGGCCUUCACAUAGGGAUUACUGUAACAGAUAAUCAUAGCAUAGAGAAGACUUUAAAUGAAAGUGAGCAUGCAAGUGUUCAGUGUUUUGGACACACGAUGGACUUAAUUGUUAACGAGGCUAUUAAAAGCCAAAGGAUGGUUCAAAAUCUACUGAGUAUUGCUCGUAAAAUUUGUGAACGUGUUCACAGGUCUGCAAAAGCAAAGGAAAAAUUAGCAGAGCUCCAAAAAGAAUACAGAUUGCCUCAACAUCAAUUAAUUCAAGAUGUUCCCUCAAAGUGGAACACGUCAUUUCAUAUGUUAGAACGGUUAAUUGAACAAAAAAGGGCAAUUGAUCAGAUGUCAAUUGAAUGCAACUUUAGAGAACUAAUAAGUUGUGAUCAGUGGGAAGUUAUGCAGUCUGUGUGCCAUGCUUUGAAACCAUUUGAAGCUGCCAGUAGAGAGAUGAGCAUGCGCAUGGCCACAUUAAGUCAAGUAAUUCCAAUGAUUCACAUUCUUAACAGAAAGAUAGAAAUGUUAUUUGAAGAAACCAUGGGAGUAGACACCAUGCUAAAAUCUCUUAAAGAAGCCAUGGUUUAUCGACUGUCCUCAACACUUCAUGAUCCCAGGUACAUUUUUGCAACACUCUUGGACCCACGCUAUAAGGCAUCCUUAUUUUCAGAUGAGGAAGUUGAAGAAUAUAAACAAGGAUUAAUCAGGGAGCUGGAAAUACUAAAUUCUACCUCAGAUGAUGAGCCUAUUCUCAAAGGGCGUAACAAAAAUUCAUCACCUAAAAACAAUGGGGAUGAUAUUUGGUCCCUUAUAGCCAACUUGAAACGUUCCAAGCCUUUAAAGGAGGUAUUAACUGAAGAUAUAGUCUUUGCAUACUUGGAAGAAGAAGUGCUGGAGCAUAAUUGUGAUCCACUAACUUACUGGAAUUUGAAGAAAUCAUCCUGGCCAGUAUUGUCCAAGCUGGCUGUACGGUUCCUUGGAUGUCCUCCUAGCAUUUUUUCUUCUGAGAAACUAUUCAACCCUUCAAAUGAAAAUUGCAACAUUAGCCAAACGAGGUUAACAAUGGAACAUUUUGAGCAGCUUAUAUUUUUAAAAGCAAAUCUCCCCCUAAUUUACUUUCAGUAUUGAAACUAGCAAACUACCAAGUGAAAACUAUUGUUGCUUACUGGAUAUUACCUGUAUUUGUAUAUUUGUUAAAUUGCUCCAAAUGGGGCCAUGUAUGACAUCUAAUCAGUAACUGUAGUUUUCUAUUUUGUUAAAUGCUUUGCUUUAAAAAUUGUCUACAUGUGCCUUACUCAUUUCUUCGGACCACAUCUUGUACAUAGGUUUUAUGUUUUCUUUUUUAUUUGUCAUACAUUGUUUUUUCUUUAUAUGUAGGUUUUAAUCUUCAUAUUUGUAAAUAUAUAUGUAAAAAGUAAGUCAUUUUUGGUAUUCUAGAAUGACAAAAAAGAUGUAAACAGUUUUAUUCUGUAGGUUUUUUUAAUUAAUUUGUGUAAAAAAAAGGUACUGUAUUUUAGCCAGAGUUUUGCUUUUGUUAGAUUUUUUUUUAUGUUUAAGCUGUGUUUAAAACAACAUUCUAGUUUAGCAAUACAAUGCUCUAUUUCAUUAAAACAUUUAUUAUUGCAUUUUUACUGUUAAACAAUUCUCUGUACUACAUUUUCAUCCCUUGCAACUGACACGCUCCUGGACUGUUGUAGAUUAGGAUAUGGCUGGUAUGUUGCUUACCAUUCUACCUUCUGUGUAGCAGUAAUGCACUGUGUCAGGGUGCUCUAUUUUGACUGAGUUUAACCCUUGGUAGUGAAAACAGGAAAAUGUGUUUAAAAAUAAAGCAAUGUAAUAAAAUAGAGCAUUUAUUUUUACACUAGGAUGCCAGGUCUCAAAUAGAGGAUUAAUUUUAAUAAAGUUGAUGACAGCUACUUUUACUGUUGCUCAAAACUAAUUAAUUUGAGUCUUAAUUGGGUUUUUCAUGUUAAUGUAGAAUUGUGAUUGGCUAGCUGUAAAACAAGGAAAGUGCCUACUCAAGCAUUGAUUCAUCACAGUAUCAACAAAUAUGUCAAGUUUGUCACUGGUGUCUCCUAUUCGCUAUUUUGUUCCCUGUCUUACAUGAUCUACACUAGCCUUUGUUUUAUGUUUUGUACAGAAUUCUUUUCUCUUACAAAGAAUCUUUUCAGGGGGAGGUCAUUUAAGACAUCAGAAUCCUACAACACUUUCCAUAAAUAAGAUUUAAACACAGGAUAUAAUUCUGUGUUCUUCACAUAAAACUUUGCCAGCUGUGUGGCAUUAUGAAGUAGUCAGAUGGGGGCAGUGUAAUACUUUUUUUCUUCAAUCUAAAGCACAAAUUCAUUGUAUAAUUUAAUCUAUAUUUAAUGAUAAUUUGUGGAAUAAAAAUGGAAACAUUUUAAAAUGAGCAAAUUUUACCUGAAUACCGACUUAAAUGUUCUCCCCAGGACCAUUUAAAAGGUCCUGGGGAGAACACUGAAUUCUUACAUCCGGUUACUUAAAGGGAUACUAAACCCAUUAUUUUUUUCUUUAAUGAUUCAGAUAGAGCAUGCAAUUGUAAGCAACUUUCUAAUUCGCUCCUAUUUUUCUUUGUUCUCUUGCUGUCUUUAUUUAAAAAGCAGGAAUAUAAAUCUUAGUAGUCGGCCCAUUUUUUCAUCAGAACCUGGGUUAUAAUUUCUUAUUGGUUUGCUAAAUGUAGCUACCAAUAAGCAAGCGCUAUCCAGGGUGCUGACCCUACAAUGGGCCGGCUCCUAAGCUUUUAUAUUCCUGCUUUUUGAAUAAAGAUAGCAAGAGAAUUGAAUAAAAAUUGAUAAUAGGAGUAAAUUAGAAAGUUGCUUAAAAUUGCAUGCUCUAUCUGAAUCAUGAAAGAAAAAAUGUGUGUUUAGUAUCCCUUAGAAGUAUAUUGAAUGUAUCCCUUUGGGCUUGUGUAGUGAGAAAAUAGAAAAGUUUACAGUUUUUCAUAAUAUUAGAUGCACUUGUCAGUCUAAUAGAACAGAUCUAUGGUAGGUGAACAGCACAAAGUUGCAUCCAAGUCCUGAUAUUGUAUGUUUGACAGCUAUGUUUGGAUAAUUGUAAUGUCAUAUUUAAUAUUAGAGGUGUGUGUGUGUGCGCAUUAUUUUUUAAUAUUUUGAGUAACUGUAUUUUGCCAAAAAAAUGCGUCACUCAGUACUCCACACAGAUUUCUUAUAUGUUAGUAAAUCUGCAAAUAUAUAUAUGUACACACACACAUUUCUGAAAUGAUAAAAUGACAAUUGUUUUCAUUCCUCUUUUUUAUAUUUUGAAUUCUCGAUUUUAAAUCACAGAAGCAUCCCACCAUGUUAGUGCAGUUAAUAUACAGUUCUGAACAAAUAAUUAAAAAUGGGUUUAUUCCCAUUAUAAAUAUGACUCCUAAGGAGUUUAUCUUUAAAGGACAUUGUAGGCAAAUAAUUGUUAUGUAUAUGAAUGAAUGAACCACUAACAUUUUGUCAUGCAUAACUGUUUAAAUUGUAAUAUUCAAGACUGUAUUUGCAUACUCCAGUAUUAUUUUUAAUUAGCUGGCAAAUCCCACAACUGCACUGGUGGACACAAACAAUCCUUCCCAAUCUGGGGUGUUCAAAAACAUUACUUUAAAAUAUAAUUAUAAAUAUCUACUUUUUAGAUGGGACAAAUAAAAAUGUUCAAUGUCCCUUUAAAAUAUAUAUUACAAAUGCCACAUUAUUAAAUUACACAGGCUACCUAUAAAGCAUUGCAAGUGGUGCAGAUAUGCCAUCCAUCAAAAUAAUGCAUUUGUCUUCUCUAUUUUCUGGUUUAAAAUUCUGUACAUAAAAACUGUCUUGGCACUUGUACUCCUACAGAAAGACCUGGCACUUUUUUAGAGGACCUAUUUUACAGACAAUAAAUAUGUAUACUGCUACAACUAUGUAUAUUUAUAUGUGAUGUAUUGGUAUACAUCUUGAGUGGAACAAAACGGUCAUCUAGAAACAAAAGGUAAUGGAACCUGUAUUACCUGCUUUCUUGCUGUAGAAUGUAUCCAGCGUUCUUGAUUGCAUACCAGUAAGUUUAAUUUGAUCUGUGCUAUAAGAAUAGCAGUUGUCCAUAUUUUUAUUUUAUUUUUGCAAGAGGAAGUGCAGGUUAACCAGGUACUGUUAAGUUUUGUUUCACAAUGAAUUGGUGACCUGUCUUUACCUUUUUUAACUUUAUUUUUCUGGGCUGCUGUGUCCCAGAUACUCAAGCUUGCUUUCAUAAAGUAAGGCAAGGUGUGUUUUACUUGUCUUUUAAAUGAAUGUUGUUUAAAAACAUUGUCCUUUUUUGUGGUGGUUUUGUUUAAAAUACUGUACCGAAGUGAGACCUUUUUACAUCUGUUUGUGUAUUUAUACAUGGUCAACAGCUAUUUCUGUAAUUAAACCAUUUAUUUACAACA